AUGUGUAAGGAGAAUUUAAAUUAAAUAAUUAUAUAUAAUAUUAUAGAGCCUUCAAUCAGUGAAAUAGAAUAAAUUAUUGUACACGAAUUAAAAAAUACUCCUUAUAAAUAAAUUAUCUUCAUAUUUUUUAAUUGGUAAUUGACUCAUCUUGUUAUAUAUUCUACAAACACUUAUAGAAUAUAUUAAUUUUUAAGGCUUUAUGCAUUCAUAACAAAAUAUUUAUUAAAUAAAAUGGGCAACGAAUAACCUAAACCCCAAGAACCUAAACCUACAAUUGAUGAUGCAAUUUUGGAUAUGAGGAUGGCUUCUAAACGAUUCGCCAACGAGUCAAAGAAAUGCGAGAAGGAAAAGGAGAAAUUAAUGAACCAGGCAAAAGUAGCUUUGAAGAAAAACAACGAGGAAGGUGCUAAGCUGUUCUUGACUUCAGCCAUGAAUAAACAAAAGGAAGCUGAGAAUUUGCAGAAGAUGGCUCACAAAAUGGAUUAUAUGCAAGGUGUCAUUAAAUCAAAUACUAACAGUACAAAAUUGGUGGAUGCUCUUGCGAAGAUCAGUCCAAUCAUGAACUAACAAAUUUAAAAUAUGCCAUUGGAGAUGGUUUAUCAAAACAUAAAUUAAUUUGAAAAGGCUAUGGACGAAAUAUAGGUGCAAGGAAAUAUCAUGACAGGAAUGAUGAAUCAAAAUAACAGUAUUGGAUAGGAUUUGGCUAUUGAUUAAAUGAUGGGUCAAUUGAAACAAGAAAUACACAGUGAGGUGUCUAAUGAUUUAAAUGCAAAUCCUAAUGUUCUUUUUAAGGAGUUGAACCAAUAGAAUCCACAAUAAAAUGUACAAGCGAUUAGUAAUAACUAAAUUAAAUGA